CACCGGCCGCCGGCGGGCACCGGUCCGGUGGUCCACAGCCCCGGGUCUCGGCAGAGCUGCACUACGGCAAGAAGGGUGCGCGAUCCUCCCAUUCCACGCCGCGCGGCUCAAGGAAGAGACAUGCUCAAGAUGGUGCUCGCCGGUGCGAUGGUGGCCGGUGCGAUGGUGGCCGGAGCGUCUCUGGUUGUCGCGAGGGACGGCCGCUCGUCGUACGGAGACUACGGACAGCACCCAUAUCCGCCCGCCUACGACCGCAUAGGUUGCGACUUUCCGGUGCAGGCGGUAUCUUCAAAGGCAUACGAGAUCGCCAGCAUCGUCAGCGCUGUCGGCGUCGUCGCGCUGGUCUUAAUGGCCAUUGUCGCUGUGAUGGCGAGCUUAUUCGAAAUCCAAGUUGGCGACAUCAACGUUAACGACGGCAAGCGUGCGCUGCUGCAACUGCCGCUGUUCGACAAGGUCGUCUCCGGCAUUGAAGAGGAUGCAAAUCCUGUAUGGAACGGCGUCGCCACAGCUCCAUCGGGCGUAAGGCCGGUGGAGGCCAGAGAGCCACCGCGCGGCCGGUGAGGACAGAGAGCCGCUGCGGUCUCCUUUUCGGAGCCCCGUCGCUCAUAGGCGGCAGGCAGAGUGGCAUCGGUUAACAGGUGGUGCGCUGGGAGAAAGAGGUGCCUUGGCUUCACAGGGGACGGAGCGCCUCGGUGUUCUGGUGUGUUCGGACAAAUCCCGAUCGAGAUCUCUUGAUCCCGACGGAACAUUUAGAGGCUUUGUAAGGAGUCAUAUGGUGGGCUUUGGACAGGGACGCCAUUGCGGCCAGCAAGACCGUGGGCAUUGUCGCGGGUGGAUGUUCGGCAUUGUCGGAGUGGAUGCAUUUUUUUAGUGUGCCAGGUCUGUGUACGCGUUGUGCGCGCAACCGAAGGAUCUGUUCGCUGUGAGCAUACUCUAUGUUAUUUACAUGGAAAUACAUGAGCGGUAUCGCGACGA